CUUCAGGUCGAUGUUUGACAACUCGGUCUCAUUUGGCAGUGAAAAGUCGCAUGGAUUGGACACGUUUUUCCGAUGAAAAAUAUACCUAAAAAUAAAUCUGCAAAAAUGUCUAUAUACCAAGUUAUUUGAUAAUUAAAACAACACCAAAUCCCCAACAGUGUGUAAAAAGUAGUGUUCGAAUUGUGUGUGGAAAAGUGUGCCGUUUGUGCAAGUGCUGUGAAAUCUAUAGAAGAUUGCAAAAAUCACAUCUGAAAACCCCACCGAGAAUCUCCGGGAAAUACCUUUCGGAACCCAACGUAAUCCGAAAUUCUUUCUCCAAAAUCAGUCAGCUGGGCAGAAGUGUUUCGUAAGGAUCGGUGUUCUUUGGUUCUCCAUAACGGACUUGGAGUAAUAUUGCGGAAGUAUUCUAACGUUUUAUCACUUUCGGUUCUCACCUGAUAAAGAUUAUGAAAACCACCAUGGAAACAUCAGCGGAGGGGAAAAAGGUCUACAAAUUGGUUUUAACUGGAGGACCUUGCGGUGGUAAGACAACCGGUCAGGCGCGGCUGUGCACCUUCUUCGAAAACCUCGGAUGGAAGGUGUUUCGAGUGCCUGAAACGGCUACUGUACUCCUCAGUGGUGGAAUCAAGUUUUCAGACCUGACAGCAGAUGAAGUACCCCAAGUAGCCAGCGAUCAGCGAAAGGUUUUCAAAGACGGUAUUCCGGAGCACAGUGUCGAUAAAACUGCAUCCUGCCCCCGUUGUUUGGCCGCUGCUGCCGAUAAGCCCAACGGUAGCGAGGCCUACAAAUUUCAGGAAAAUUUACUCCGUACUAUGAUUCAAAUGGAAAACACCUUCUUUGAAUUGGGAAAGUCAUGUACGAGGAAUUGCCUGAUUAUCUGCGACCGAGGAGUGAUGGAUGCCAGUGCUUUUGUUUCGAAAGAAAAGUGGGAUCGUAUGAUGAGAACAAACAAUUGGAACUCUGUAGAGUUGCGCGAUAACCGCUACAAUCAUAUUGUCCACAUGGUGUCGGCCGCUAACGGCGCAGAAGCGUUCUACUCUACCGAAGAUCAUGCUUGCCGUUCGGAAGGAGUCGAUUUGGCACGAGAGUUGGACUACAAAUCGGCUGCUGCUUGGAUUGGACACCCGUACUUUGAUGUGAUUGAUAAUUCAUCCGACUUUGAGAAUAAAGUGAAUAGAAUGAUUGAAUGCGUGUGUCAGAAGCUUGGUAUCGACACUGGCGAUCGUCUAUUGACUACCUCGAAAAAAGUUAAAUUUUUGGUUUCGGAACUACCGCCAAACACCGCCUUCCCGGCGUUUCAAGACUUUGAUGUGGUUCACCACUAUCUACAAUCAGCGGGUCCAAGGGUGCAAGCCAGGUUACGGAAACGUGGUCAAAAUGGUCACUUCAGUUAUAUCCAUACAAUUCGCCGUCCACAUCUGCAUGGGCAAUCGAUCGAGGUCAAAACACAGCUUACACACCGAGACUACUUGAACAUGCUGACGCAGCGUGACGAUGCGCACUUCACCAUCUACAAGAAGCGUCGUUGCUUCCUUGUGAAUAACCAAUACUUCCAAAUGGAUAUUUACAAAGAACCAGGACAUCCAAGAUGCAAGGGGUUAAUUUUGCUGGAGACGUACACCUCUUUGAGCGGUGAUAAGCUGAAGGGUAUUCUGCCGAAGUUCCUCAACAUAGUAAAGGAAGUCACUGGUCAGCCAGAUUACUCGAUGUUCAACCUAUCGCUGAAGGAGGAUUGGAGCAACACGAAAAAAUUCUGCUACUCGCUUCAUGAUCAAGAUGAAGGUGAGUUUAGAGCAAAUGGACACUCGCAAAAAAUGAUUAAUGGUAAAGCUUAAUUUUCAUCUAAAAGUGUAUUAUUAUUUUUUAACCUCAUCAAUAUUAUUUCAAGUCAUGCAAAAGUAUUUCUCCUUUCAAGUUUAACUUGUAACAUGAAUCACUAUGUGCAUAUUUCUGAAAACUUUUUAAUCAAUCGAUUUUGUGUAUAAUUUAUUCCUGCCCACAAUCAAUGGUUUUAGAUUAGAAAUAUCUUGUGAAAGAUGCUUCAUUUUGGAUAUUUUCUGUAUUUUUUUCUAUUUGCUCAAAAACAUAUUGCUACGCAGAGGAACGUGUUAAAUAACAUGGUAUAUACACAUUUUUUGCAGUUUUGUAACAGGCAAAAUUACAUCAUCCCUAAUAGCAAUGUCCAACUAUUGUUUGUCUGCAUAAAAUCGUUAUAGAUCAGACAUGAGUCUAACUUCACUAAAAUACUUAAAGGGCGAUGACAUCUAUUUACUUAAAGAAAAGUUACUUAAAUAUUCACUCAACAGUGUUAGCAGCAGGGUACACUAAGCUUUAAACAGAAUAGAUGAGAGGAUAAUUUAGCCAACAGCAAACUGUAUUUUUUGCAUUCAAAUCAUUGUGUAUUGUUGUUCUAGUCGAGGUAACUGUAAAGUUUUAGAUUUCAUUUAAUUUGAAUGUAAUUUUUAGCAAUUAAAUAUAAUGUCUACAAUGUCAUACAAUAUUCUAAACGUUUAUAGAAAAUGAGAAUCAACUACGCAAUAAAUAAACAACAAAAUUUAAAAGACAGUGGCUAAGUUAUCUCCGAUUCAUCGCGCGGAAGUGUAGGUACAUUAUCUUGUGGACGAGGAGAAGGUAUUCUGAAAGCAAAUAGAAGCAACCGACAACUGUGUUUUGAAUGUAUUUUAUAUUAAAAUAUUGAACCUAUUUCUCUCGGCAAGUACUGUACAUUGUGUUUGAUAGCAUGAAUCCAUAAAAAACUGAAUUGCUAUAA